CGGCAGGAAGCCGCGCGGUCGCUGUGCGUAUUUAUGCUGAGCCCUGCGAGAAGCGCUUCGGCUGAGCGCGGGGCCGAAGUGCCCGGCACCCUUCUUUUUCUCCUGGGCGCCAAGCGACGAGAAUGAGUCAGAGAGACACACUGGUGCACCUUUUUGCAGGCGGAGAAGUCUGGUCUACAGUUAGCUGCUGGCCAGUAGGAGGAAGGGUCAUCUCAUGACUGCUUUGCGAACAUGGUGGACUACAGAUCAUCUGAGUGAUCUUCAGUCUUCAGUGAAGCUUGAAGAAACAGGAAGGAAGCUUUGUUUUCCCUGAGGUGUCACUGGAGGCAGUAUGGAAACAACAUGAUUCUCUCAGUCUGCUGGCCAUUUUAUGUGUGGAGGUACUGUUGGCGCAAUUCUGACAUGUCCACUGGAAGUUGUGAAAACACGGUUGCAGUCCUCCUCUGUUACUCUCUACAUCUCUGAAGUCCAUCUCAACACUGUGGAUGGUGCUACUGUCAACCGAGUAACUAGAGUUUCUCCUGGACCUCUCCAUUGUUUGAAGAUGAUCUUGCAAAAGGAAGGUCCUCGUUCUCUGUUUAGAGGGCUGGGUCCUAAUUUAGUUGGCGUUGCUCCUUCCAGAGCAAUAUAUUUUGCUGCUUACUCAAACUGCAAGGAAAAGUUGAACAGUAUUUUUAAUCCAGAUUCUACCCAGGUACAUAUGAUUUCAGCAGGUGUGGCAGGUUUUACUGCGAUCACAACAACUAAUCCCAUUUGGCUAGUAAAGACACGAUUACAGCUUGAUGCAAGGAAUCGUGGAGAGAAGCGAAUGAGUGCUUUUGAAUGUGUCCGAAAAGUUUAUCGAUUGGACGGUAUAAAAGGCUUUUACAGAGGAAUGUCAGCAUCCUACGCAGGCAUAUCUGAGACUGUUAUUCAUUUUGUUAUUUAUGAGAGUAUUAAGAGAAAACUUCUGGAAUAUAAGACUGCUUCUUCCAUGGACAAUGAGAAUGAAUCGGCAAAAGAAGCUUCGGACUUUGUUGGAAUGAUGAUGGCUGCUGCCACUUCCAAAACUUGUGCAACGUCAAUAGCAUAUCCCCAUGAGGUUGUACGAACAAGACUAAGAGAAGAGGGAACAAAAUACAGAUCUUUCUUCCAGACACUAUCUUUGCUUGUGAGAGAAGAAGGAUAUGGAUCCCUCUACCGAGGUCUAACUACACAUCUGAUCAGACAGAUUCCAAACACGGCUAUCAUGAUGUCAACCUAUGAAGUGGUAGUCUACUUGCUGGAUGGAUAGCAUCAUGACAAAGCUCCUUAGAAGAAGGUGGAAGAUGGAAAGACUGGAGUGGACCACUGAAUGUCAAUGACAAUGUGGUGGGCAAAAGGAGUUAUAUCAGGAACAUGCAGCUAUGGACAAAACAGAAGGUUGAUUGUAGGCAACCAUGAAUCAUUUUGCUGCCUUAUUGUAUGGUCUCUUAGCAAUGUGACAAGUGGGAACUAACGCUUAGAGAAUGCCUUUAUACAUCUCUUAGUUCAAAGUUGUUCCUUUUUCUCAUCUGUUAAUCUAGACAAGGCCAUUCAGUCAUCUUCAGAGACCUGAUGGAUGAGGGAGAGGGUGUAAAAUAUACGCUUAGACAGCCUUAUUCACUUCUCUUAGUGAUUGCUUUCAAUUAAAUCUUUUUGUUCUGUUUUACUGCACAGUAACCUGUUGGAAGAAUGGAGAAGACAGUACUUUUAUACCUUUCCAUACCUGAAACUUCAUUCAGUUGCUCUGAAGAUUCAUAAAGAGACUGAGGUAGUAGUCAGUGUGUGAAGUUUUAUGUGUUCCUACCUCAAGACAAAAUGUGUUGCAGGGACCCUGAACAGAGUUAUUUCUUUACUAGAUGAUAAUUUUUUGAGUGGUAGUGAGAGAGUAUCUGAUUGCUGAGCUCUUCAGGUUAUCAGUCUGUUAAUAAUUGAUUUUUAGUUCCUUUUUGUUUCUGAAACUUUCUUCCUUAAGUAAGAAAGAUCUAUGUAGUUCUCCUGUAUCAUCAGUUUUCUUUGCCAAUCUGUCAGGUCACUCACACAGCUAAGGGAGAAAUUGCUCAUUAAGAAUUCUUAAUGUGAUGACAAAUAUCAACUAGUCCAGGCUACCAGUCCAAGCUACUACUACAAAUAUCAGCUAGUCCAGUAUGAAGGAUUCACUUAUUUACAUGCUACCUGAGAAAAAGUUGUAUGACCCUAAAAUGUCUAGCAAAUCCUGAUCUUGAUUGCCAAUAUCUGUAUGGGAGCACAGAACCAGAACACAUAUCGCCAUGGCUAAGGCAACCAGAAAGUAGUGGUAGAAGCAGUGGUAGGUCUUUCUGGUGCAGCCAGCCUCUGUGCAGAAUGAUGGAGAAAAUUAUGAUUGGCAUUUUCUUGUAAGCGUUUCCCUUGAUAAUUGUUAUAUCACUUCUUCCAGUCUGAGCCUGUGUACUGAACUGCAGCUGACAGUAUAACCUUGUCCUCCAAAUUGUCUGGAUAUUCAGGCAUUGUUUUUGUCACUCCUUUAAGCCUAUUGCAAAACGGGGUGUUAAAUUCAACAGUGAGGCUUAGAGAGCUUAUUCUGUCAUAAUUCACAGGGAUUUCCAAAACAGUACAGCUGGAGUGUUGAAAUCAGCACCUUAAUGUUACACAAACUUGUACAGCUUUCCAAACGUCUUUUAUCUGCACCUUGAGUACUUCUCAGUCUGCAUCUUUGAUCCGUAUGAGGAACGUGAUCAUUAUAAAUUGUGGGCAAUAGCUUUCUACAUAUAAAUGCUGCUACACUGGUGCAGACAGAACUGUGAUAUCAACUCCUCCAGUGUGGUACUUCAGUACUCUUAAACUGCAUUGUGUGCAAUGGCUUUAUUUUAUGAAUGACUUCUUAUGCACUUUUUGGCCUUUUUGUAAGGCUUAUGACUUUCCUUCUUACUGGUCAUCUGUAGUCAAACCGUAUUCAAAAUAUGCAGUCUGGUUUUAAACAAAGCAUGUGGUUUGAUUUCUGUGUAAGCUGUGCAGGGUAAAACGUUUUAUGGUUCAGAGCCAUACUAUCCCUGUUGCUGGAGUUCUGUAGGCUGCACGUUAAACAUUCAAAGCUUACAGAACAAUCAGGCUGGAUUUUCUCAUUUGCUUUCCUUUUUUGUUUUUGACCCUUAUCAUGUUGUCUACAGUGUCAAAGUACUUGAGUAUUUAAUGUAGUUCUCUGUACUAAUUGCUCCUCCUUCUAAAAGCAACCUGUAGUGUGUACAGCAAGCUUGCAGUGGAGGCUUAGAUGUAUUGGCUUUGAUCUCUGGAAAAUGUAAUCUUACCUUUUCAAAGACAGAUAGCACGGUCUGUGAUGUGACCAAAGGUUAACUUGAUGGUUUUGAAAAAGUGAGGAGAAUUCUUAAAUGUGUGUUCUUAAGUGGACUGUUUUUUUUAGUGAUCUCCCAAGGAAAAGUCUGGCAUUUUCAUAACUAAGUCCAGGAGUAGCUACUUAACUGUAGUUUGGUUUUGUAGGAAGUGGAUUACUCUUCAAGCUUUCCAGAUUAUGCAAUUGUAGCCAAAAUGUAAAUUGGCAAAGACAAUAUUUAGCUUUGAAGUUCAUGAAUACUAUUAACACUGUUUUGUGGAUCAGUUUUCCUUUGGUUACAUGUUCAUCUCCCACUAAUUAACUGGGUACCAUAUGUGUGCCUUGACUGGGUAAAGACAGACCCCUCCACACACCCCCCUACCCCCAAGAAAAUGUUAACAAGGACAAUUGAAUAUGAGAGACAGCAGUUAAAAAUAGACAAUCAUCUUAUUAUUACACCUUGUAAUGGAUGUUGAAGCAAUGUUAAACUGCAGGGGUGACCUUUUUGGCUUGCUUUACAUAACAAAACAAAUGCACAAGUUCCUUAGUUUUCAGUGUUGUUUUGGGUUUUUUUUUUCUGAAUUACCAGUGCACACAAAGUUACCUCUGAAAUAUUUCCCAAAGAUCUUUAAAUUAUUUAUAUAGCUUUCCUGAUAUUUAUGAUAAAAACUCAGAGGGAUUAAGAUGCUACAUGCAGUAAUAUCUCUUAACCGAAAGGUGUGUGUUUAUACUCCCUUGUAACUUAAAUUAUUAUAUUGAAUGUAGUAUAUUUAUGCCACACUUUUCUGUGCUUAGACUUAAAGGUUUUGGAUGACUGAAAACCUUUCAGUAAUGAAUUAAUUUCCUUAUAUUUCUUUUAUUUAGAUGAAACUUAAAUGUUGUUGCAAGCUGUUAAUUUUGACCCAGCAACCAGUUAGAUUUGGGAGAUUGUGAGACUGCAGUUUCCUGAACCGGUCAAAAGAUGGCACUGGAGCAUGCAUUCAUCAGAGGGAAAAGGCGCUCCUCUGCCAGGGUUCAGCACUGGAUUUCACUGAUUUUCUGUGGCAUAUUGGGGGGACACGGCAAGGUGGCCUGAGUUUUGAAAGCUAUUAAAAAAAAAAAAACAAACAUUGCAGUGAAUGCAGUCACAUUUUGCGGCCUUGGUAUCGAUUCAGUCCCUACAGAGCUGUCUGACAACAGAUGAGUUGUGGUGUGUUUGCAGAGGGCUCAGCCCAGCCUUUUAACUGCCUGAUAGAUCUGCUGUUUCUGUCUGAAUUUCUGAUCUGCUAGCCAUGUUGUUUUAAGUAGGUUUUGUGAUUAUUUGAAUUGUAACUGAAACAUCAACUUGGCCACUUGUAUAUUGACAUUGCACCUAUCUAGUUAACUGUUUACAUAAUGCACUCUGUAUAUUUCCUUUCUGAUUGAGAUGUUUGUUAAUGACUGUUUCUGCUGUUCUGUUUAUGUUCUCAUGACAUUUGUAACAUUCCUCAGACUGUAGCAUUUUAAAAUAAUGCUUCCAGAGACACAAGAUUGGAAAGCCUUUAUAAAUGUUGCUUCCCAUUUAAACUGUCUAAAUUCAGGAAAAAAAGCUGAAUACUGAAGUGUGCCUACGUAAAUGCACUGCUUUUUUCAACUUUCUGUGUGUUAAAAUUCGGUUAUGUAAGUUUUCAGUUCUUUUAUUUAAGAGUCUGCCUACCCUGCAUAUGUGAACAUAAUUAUGCUGUCAGAGUCAUAGUUAAACACUCACAAAUGACAGUUUGAGCAUACUUCAGUGCUCAUGUGAGGUUUGCUAUUAUUCUUGCAUACAUGUGGUUGGCUGUAAACUAUGUGCAUUUGCUCUGUAUUUAUAUAUUUUUGCUUGGAUUGCUUUAAACUUCAAAGCAAAUUAAAAGGUUGUGCUUCUAUUCAAAUGCUGCCUUCUGUGCUAAACUGUACACUGUUUUUAAGCUUUUCAUGUUAUUGUUCUAUACCAGUGCCUGGACAAUUGUGAUUAAAAAAGAGCAAUUCACUAGGAGACCCCAGUGAAUCAUUUAAUAUUCUGCCAUUUUGUAGUAACUGAAGACAAUGUAUCUGUAUUGUGUCUAUAAUGUGUUCUUUCAGGACAGUUUCAUGGAUGUCUUCAAGUAGUUGGACAUGUUCUUGCAAUGUGAUUUGAAUACUCUUACCUCUGCAGAAUUAAUUUAGUGUUUGUCAACUGAGAUCCUGACUAGUGACAAUAAUUUGUGUCCAUGUAAAGUGUCGACUACAACAAACCACUGCUGACAGAAAUGAAUGGCAGUAGUUCCUUUAAAUGUUCUGAUUUCAUUACAUGUGCAAUUGUAACCCAGUCUGUGAAUCUGAAACAUGAUUAGGUGUCAUUUCUCUUAACAGCAUGCAUUUGAUCCGAAGUCUGUUCUCAGAAAUCAUUCUGCAAAGAUGUAUGUAGGUUUUGUUUGCUUAGUGUGCUGUGUUUUCUGCCCCUCAGUGUGUGUUCUGGAACCGAAUCCUUUGCAAGCCUUUUGAUAUGGAGCCAGGCUCAAUGUCUCCUGAUUCUUUCAUCUAUUCAAAACUAUUUCAAAUCUUGCAUUAAAACAGCACAUCUAUGAUGA